GGCAGUCGUCUUGGAGGCGUCGCGCGGCGCGCAUGCGUAGUGUCGGACCGCGAUGACGCGCCGGUGUUCCACGUAAACAAUAGACACGUGAAUCUGUUCACGGGUGGUUGUGUUUGUGUUUUAGUGGCGGUGGUAUAUUCGUGAUUACAAUUAUUCUCGCGAGCGCAAGUGUACGGAGAACAUCAGGAAGGUACGCUACAUGCUGAUGGACUGGCGGAUGCGCGGAAAAUCGAAGUUCGAGUGAUGUCUGAUCGUCGUUCACCCAGAUGACACUAGCGUCGCCUUAAGGGGGUGAGCGAUGGCCUACCAGGGCCUGAGCCGCCAUGUGCGCUUCGACGAGCUGCCCGAGCCGGGCGACCGCUUCGAGCUGCAGGACCUGGUGGGCGAGGGCACCUACGGCGAGGUCUUCAGCGCCAGGGACUCCGUCUCAGGGCAGCGCGUGGCCGUCAAGAUCCUGGAGAACGUGUCGGACAACGUGGAGGAGAUCGAGGAGGAGUACCUGGUGCUGCGCGACCUCAGCCUGCACCCCAACCUGCCGGCCUUCCACGGCCUCUUCCUGCGGCGAGGGGCGUCGCGCGAGGAGGACCAGCUGUGGUUCGUCAUGGAGCUGUGCACCGGGGGUUCAGUCACGGACCUGGUGCAGGGACUCAAGAAGAGGGGCGCGAGGUUGUCCGAGGACCACAUCGCCUACAUCCUGAGGGAGACCGUUGAAGCGCUGAUAUACCUGCACGCCAACCACUGCAUCCACAGGGACGUGAAGGGCCACAACAUCCUGCUGACUGAGGGCGCCGACGUGAAGCUCGUGGACUUCGGCGUGUCGUCGCACCUGUGCGCGACGCUGGGUCGCCGCAACACGUCCGUCGGCACCCCCUACUGGAUGGCUCCCGAGGUGAUAGCGUGCGAGCAGCAGCUGGACUCGUCGUACGACGCGCGCUGCGACGUGUGGUCGGUGGGCAUCACGGCCAUCGAGCUGGCGGAGGGCGACCCGCCGCUCUCGGACCUGCACCCCAUGCGGGCGCUCUUCCAGAUCCCGCGCAACCCUCCCCCGGCGCUGGCCCGCCCCGAGGACUACAGCCCAAAGCUGGCGGACUUCGUGGCCGAGUGCCUCGUCAAGGACCUGGAGCAGCGGCCCUUCAUGCGCGAGCUGCUCGAGCACCCGCUGCUCCGGCACGGCGCCGUCGUGGCCGAGAAGGUCCGCAGCGAGCUCCGAGCUGAAAUCUGCCGCCAGCGAGCCGAGGGCCGGACACACAGGCAGCCCGAGGUGACGACCAAGCACGGGAAACUCAAGUCGGACCGCAAAUCCAAGCCACAGCGGAUGUACAUGGACGACCUGGCUGCCCUGGACAUACUUACUGAGGAUGCCAUAGUAGAGCAGCUGCAGAGGAGAUUUGAGCAGAAACAGAUCUACACAUACAUUGGAGACAUUCUCGUUGCUGUGAACCCAUUCACUGAUCUCGGUCUUUACACAGACGAAGACAUGCGACGGUACCGCGGGCAGGCGCGCUCCGACAACCCCCCGCACAUCUUCGCGGUGGCCGACGCGGCCUACCAGGCCCUGCUCCACCAGCGCCAGAACCAGACCAUCGUCAUCAGCGGCGAGAGCGGCGCCGGCAAGACGGAGAGCGCCAACCUGCUGCUCAAGCAGCUCGUCUUCCUCGGCAAGGCGCCCAAUCGCAACCUGGAGGAGCGCAUACUGCAGGUGAACCCGAUCAUGGAGGCGUUCGGGAACGCCAAGACCGGGAUAAACGCCAACUCGUCGCGCUUCGGCAAGUUCCUGGACCUGACGAUGACGCGGGCGGGCAAGGUGACGGGCGCCCGGGUGUCGGUGUACCUCCUGGAGCAGUCGCGGGUGCCCCAGCAGGCGGAGGGUGAAAGGAACUUCCACAUUUUUUACUACUUGUACGAUGGCCUGGACAACGAGGGGCGUUUGUCGGACUUCCACUUGGACCCAGUGCUGAGGCUACGGCAUCGCUACCUCGGAAGUGACGUACAAGACAUCAAAACCAAAGUGACGAACGUGGCCAGGUUCCAGCAGCUCAAGGCCGGCUUCCGGCUGCUGGGCUUCCAGCCGGAGCAAGUGGACACCGUGUACGGCAUCCUGGCGGCGAUCCUGCACCUCGGGGACCUCGAGUUCGGGGAGGUGGUCUCCCAGGACAACACUGACAACAAGAGCCGGGUCGUCGACCUCGCCCCCUUGCACCGAGUGUCCCGGCUGCUGGGGGUGGAGCCCGGGGACCUGCUGGAGUCGCUGACCUCCAACAGCGUGGUGACGCGCGGCGAGACCAUCACGCGCAACAACACGGUGGCGGAGGCGAGCGCCGCCCGCGACGCCGCGGCCAAGGGCCUGUACGGCCGGCUGUUCGACUGGAUGGUCAACCAGAUCAACUCGCUGCUCGUGUUCUCCCGGACGCACAGUGAUGAACCUCUUGCUAUUGGUCUCCUGGAUAUUUUUGGCUUCGAGAACUUCCCGCACAACUCAUUUGAGCAGCUGUGCAUCAACAUCGCCAACGAGCAGAUCCAGUACUACUUCAACCAGCACAUUUUCACCUGGGAGCAACAGGAGUACAUGGCCGAGGGCAUCCCCGUCGACCUGGUGGAGUUCUCGGACAACCGGCCGGUGCUGGACAUGCUGCUGUCGAGGCCGCUCGGCCUGCUGGCGCUGCUGGACGAGGAGAGCCGGUUCCCGCGGGCCACCGACGGCUCCCUCAUUGAGAAGUUCCACAACAACGUGAAGAGCAAGUUCUACGUGCGGCCCAAGUCGAACGCCCCCUGCUUCGCGGUGCACCACUAUGCGGGGCGCGUGGUGUACCGCGCGGAGGGCCUGCUCGACAAGAACCGCAACUUCCUGCCGCCGGAGGUGAUCCAGCUGCUCCGGCAGUCGCACCGCGACACGGUGCGCUACCUGUUCCAGUGCCCGCUCACCAAGACCGGCAACCUGUGCUCGGCGGUGCCCGAGUCCCCCCGCGUCACCCCGGGCCUCGGCUCCAAGGACAAGUACAGCAGCCACGGCCUGGCGUCGCAGUCGCGGGCCCAGCAGACCGUCGCCACCUACUUCCGCUACUCACUCAUGGACCUGCUCCAGAAGAUGGUGAGCGGGACGCCGCAGUUCGUGCGCUGCGUCAAGCCCAGCGACUCGCGCCGGCCGCUGCUCUUCGACCCGCCCAAGGUCGUGAGGCAGCUGCGGUACACGGGCGUGCUGGAGACCAUCCGCAUCCGGCAGAGCGGCUUCUCCCACCGCAUCCCCUUCGGCGACUUCCUCAAGAGGUACUGCUUCCUAGCAUUUGGCUUCGACGAGCGUGUGGUAGCUUCGCGCGACAACUGCCGCCUGCUUUUGGUGCGGCUGAAGAUGGACGGUUGGGCUCUGGGAAAGACCAAAGUGUUCCUCAAGUACUAUCACAUUGAAUAUUUGUCGAAGCUUUAUGAAGACCAGGUGCGCAAGAUCGUGCUGGCCCAGGCGUGCGUGCGACGCUGGCUGCAGAGGGUGAGGUACAAGCGGGCGCGACGGCAGGUCGCGAGCAGUGCCGUCACCCUGCAGCGCUACGUGCGAGGGUGGAUCACGCGCCGUCGCUACCAGGACCAGCGGAGAGCCGAGGAGGCGAGGAGGCAACGCGAGGAGCUGGCCGCGGCUUCCAAAGGGAACAAACCUGCUCCCUGGGGGAAAGCCAAACUUAUUCGUCGCAUCUCGGCGCUGAACGUGGAGGAAAAGGAAAACAACCUUCCGAAGAAAAACCUGGACCAAGAAUCGGCUGCUGUCGUCAUUCAGAGCCAUUUCCGAGGUUACACCGUGAGACGGCGCUGGGGCCCUGAGCUGGAAGAGAGAGUGAAGCGAGUUCUAGAAACCCACAAAAAUCCAUUCUUGGCUCAGCGAGCUCUGGAGAAAGAAGGGCUGCUGGCGGAAGACGCGGCGGUGAUCAUCCAGCGGCACUACCGGAGCUGGCGCAGCGGGGAGAAGCGGCCGCUGCCCGGGCCUCCGGGACAGAAGCCGGGCAACCAGCCGAGCAAGAAGCAGCAGAAGAGCGCUCUGUCGCCCGGCAACCAGGCGGACCUCAUCACCUUCUCCCAGAAGGUCCACAUGAUGAACCAGGAGGCCCACAAGUACCUGCGGCGGAACAAGCCGGGCGUGAGACUCUCCGAGGUGAAGAACGUCCCACAGGACUACGUCCGGCCUCGCGGCUUCAAGAUGAUGCCGCAGAUCAUGAGCAAGUGUAAUGACGAGAGUCUCUCUGAAGUCAACCAGACCAACGCCUACUUCGAUGCUCUUCAGCAAGAAUUGAGCAGGAACAAGGUGGAGACCUUGGACGUGGACCACACGCGACGUCAGCUGAUCUCGUCCCAAGCCUACGAGAACGUGCUGAGGGAGCGCCACAUCCUGGGCGCGUGGCACCGCGCCACGGCCGUGCAGAACAACAGCAGCAACAACAACAACAACAACAAUCUGCCACGACCCGCAAAGAACGGCCGCGCGGCCCAGCAGGACCGGAACCAGUUCUGCCACGGGGACAACCCUCAUACAAACGACAGUAUGAUGGAGAAAGCCUCCGCCUGGAACAGACCGCAGCGUCAAGACAGCAGCAGCAACAACAACAAGCCUGAAAGCUUCAGCCCCGCCUCUGACCUGCGGAAGCUGCUGCGGCAGACGUCUCAGUCGCCCGCGACCUCCCCGACCAAGCGCGUCCCGCCCGGCGGCGAGGACGGGGACAGCGUGGGGCCGUACAACUUCCGGCAGUUCCUGCGGCCGACCGAGCACGCCCCCACCGAGUCCCUGCGCAAGAGGAAGGGCACCGCGGGAGGGUCGUAGGACGCUUCCCCCGCCUUCUGCGAAGACUUGAGUUGCAUCCGGAAGUAAACUCUUCGUACCGUGAAAGGUCUUUAAUCCAGCUUCCUACGGUUCAGCACAUUCGAUAAUCCGACGCUUAUCAAGCCACUAGCGCUCAUAUUUUUUUAAAAUGGAAUUCCAGCCGUUGACCCGGGUCACAUUAAUUGCGCUGCUGACGUUUUUUAGUUCACUCCUCAGAGUUUUUAUCAUUAAGCUUGAAUUACAAUAGCCCUUAACCUUCGUCCAUCUUUCAGUCUGGUCACCUGCAACCAAUCAGACGGCCUGAAAAAUUCUAUCCGUCCCGUCCGUCAGAAGCUUGGCAAGCUCUAACUUUUGACGGACGGACGGAUGGAUUGUAUCUAUGGUUUUGGCCGCUGCAUCCAAUUGUAACUAGAAUAUAAGCCUGUGGUGUUUGCAUUAGGUUUUUCAGAUGUUUUUUUUUUUAAAUAACAUUGCGGCUCUUAAACUCAUAGCCAAACAGUUAAAUCACGACUUCGAAUUUUUCCAUGGAUGUGCUAUUACAAUACGUACAAAAACUCAAAAUAAAUAGCAAACAACAUCAAUAUAAAUCUCCAAGAGUCAAACAUGGACUGUUGUGAGCACUUAUUUGGUAAAAUAUUCAGACAGGUGGGUGAAGUCAAGUUGUAAAUCACUCGGCUAGGUGCAUGGGGUUGACAGACGAAAUACUGUCAGGCGGAACAAUGACGGACAGAGACGAUGGGCUGUUGUGAUUCCGGCUUUACUGUUAGUUUUCAUUUCAGUACAGUAUUUCCAGUUUUAUAGCAAGUUAAAUUUCACAUUUUCACAUCUUGAAAUGGUAAUCUCAUUAAAACUGUAUUUAUUGACAUUUGAUAAUCCAACAAAAUUGCUAAUGCGGCUUGGCUUUGGUCCCAAGUGUAAUGGAUUAAAAACCUUUCACUGUAGUAUAAAAAUACGAGUGUUGUUAUGCAGGAGACAUCCAACUCACAAAAGUUCAAACAUGAGAUAACUAACCUCAAAGAUAUAUUGAGAACAUAUUUAUAAGGCAACAAAAAAUUAUAGCUAGUCAUUUUGGUAUCCAUAAGUAACAUAAGAAUGAUAUUUAUUGUUAUAUUCACACAACCAGUGUUUAGCUGCUACCUUCAAGCCAUUAUUUUAUUUUUUGAUGGUUGGUCACUUUCUGCAUAACUUAACUCUAUUUGUAUAUUAGAUUGAACGAUCUCAAUGCUUGGUAAAGAGCUGUUGUAAAUUUAUUUCCAUCACGCAUUAAAGAAUAUGUGGAGAAAAUAAAAAAGAAAUUUUUGAGGAAAACUUUUGAAGUGUAAGUUUUAGUGUCAGUCAAAUCUCCGCUGUAAAUUUAUUCCUUGAAAUUAAUUGAAUAUACGAGGGUUGUCUGAAAAGUUUUCAACCUCAACAUGAAAACGGCAGCACUCAUCAACAAAAAUUGGGGAAUGUGUUCGCUCAUGCUUUGGAACAUACCCUCUGAAAUUUCAGCCAUUUUGGACGUGCAGUUGUAUUUUAACAAUAGUUUGCUUGAGUCUCUGCAAAAAAUUUGUUUACAAAAUGAUGGCCUCCUCAUUUGACAAAAAUCUCUGUCCUCCGAGCUCAACUUUUAGCCAAGUUAACAUAAAUGUCAAUUGGGUUUAGAUCUGGUGAGUAAGGAGGGUGGUCAAGCAGUUAAAACCGCAAUUCGUAGAUUUUCGCCAUGGCAACUGCUGAGGUGUAAGCUGGUGCAUUCUCUUGGUGAAACUAAGUUUUUUUGUUUCUGCAAAUGUGACCUUUUUCUGCAAUUUCUGCUUUCAGCUUUUCAAGUAAUUAUGUGUAGUAAGAUCCUGUAAUGUGUAUCCUUUUUUCAAGAUGAUUAAGACAAUUCCAUGACUAUCCAAGAAAACAGUUACCACCAUUUUCCCAGCCAAAGCCUUUAUUUGGAGCUGAUUUUUCCUUUGCAGUUUUGGUGUUGCAAAAGUUCAUCAUCGCCCAAGCUGAUAUGGCUAUGUUUGAAUUCAGCUGUCCAAAAUAUCAGUGUGAUAAAUGAUGGUGCAGCGCCCAACUCAUCUUUAAUUCAGCUUAGGUGUUUUGCCUUCCAAAAACAAAUAUUCAAUGACAGUUCGAUACUAAAUUUUACAUUCUUAAAAUAAAAAAAAAAUAAAAAACAUGCGCUUCGCCUCACACACAUGAUUGUUAAACAAAUGCAUGUCCAACAUGGCUGAAAUUUCAGAGAGUACAUUCCAAAGUAUGAGCAAACACAUUCCCCAAUUUUUGAGGUUGGAAAGUUUUCAGACAAACCUCGAAUUUUAGAAGUGCUGAUCCUUUGAAGCCAUCUCAACUUGCCCAUGUGGUAUGGUAGUGUGUGAAAACACUUAUUUUGCUGCUGAGUCUUUGUGUAUGUCACUUGUGUAUAUUUGGCAGAUUCUUGUAAUGUGUACUGAAUGUUUUAUAUACAAUAGUUAAAUCCUUUCAAAAUUAGAAACAAACUGAGCAAAAGAUAAUUGUAAAUUAGUGUGAUAAAGAUAUGUAAUUAAUGUAAGUUAAUGUACAUACCUGAAAUUGAUGCUGUGGAUAAUAAACAGUCCUGUUUUGUUAUCA